AUGCUGAAGGCACGCAUGGAAAAAUGUCUGAGCAACCACUCGCAGUGCUCUGCCCUGGGUGAAGGUGGACCGAGGCCGGGGCGCGUUCUCUACAUUGAGGAUCCCAAGUCGCUGGCAGUGAGGCUUGUCGAUGAUACGAGCAGCAUGGAGCCUCAGCCGUAUGCAUGCCUCAGCCACCGAUGGACAGAGCAAACCGAGUCGUCCAGCCUCACGCUCGACCGGCUCGAGACUUUCAAGAAGCAGAUCCCAACAGAUCUUCUUUACCCGCUGCUGCGCGAUGCUUUCGAGGCUGCUGGACGGCUGGGCUUUCGCUACAUGUGGAUCGAUUGUCUGUGCAUUUGCCAGGACGAUCUGGAUGAUUGGAACCGCCAGGCCUCUGGGAUGAGCGCGAUUUACGAGAACGCAGUGGUCACCAUUUCGGCUCUGGAUGCGCAGAUCAACGACUGGCGACUGUUCGCCAAGCACCCUCCCGAGAAAACCCAGAAACUAUGUACUCGGGACGGGCAGACCAUCAUGAUCUCGGAACUGAACAAGGAACAUCCAUUCUUCGUUGACACUGUAGGCACCAAAUACAGAGCCAGCAGCGUAGAGAAGGGCUUUCCCCUCCUGACUCGCGGCUGGGUGUAUCAGGAGCGCCUCCUGGCCCGACGCAUCAUUCACUUCACGCGCAACGAAGUCAUCUGGGAGUGCAAGGAAGCAAUGUCGUGCGAGUGCGGCCACAACGAGGGCGCCUGGAAGAUGGUGAAGCGCGAGGCGCCGAGCUUGUCUGACAUGACAUGGAGUGGCAUCUGCGCGGAGUACACCAAGACAGAGCUGUCAAUCGACGCGGACAAACUACCGGCUCUCUCGGGAGUUGCGAGACGGUUUGGAGAAGCGCACGGAUGGACGUAUCUCGCUGGUGUCUGGAGGGAGGACCCGGAUCUGUGCGCUUUGCUGCUCUGGUUCAGUUCGAAAUCGCAUGUCCGCAAACGCAUCCCUGGCUUGCCGUCGUGGUCGUGGGCUUCUGUCGAGGCCGCGAGGUUCUUCCCAGUCUUCCACCAGCACAGGAUGCUGUUCCGCGUUGUUGCGCACGAGGUCGUCCCGGGUGCUGUCCCCUACAGCACGCCGGCAUCCGCCAAGCUCGUGAUAGAAGGCCGGUGCAGUCCCGUUACCAUCAAGUUCAAGGCGGGCUCAAGUGAAGAUGGGAUUCUGACAUUUUCCGGUGAGGAGACGCAGCACACCUGUUUUAUGGAUUACGUGCGUGAUGAAUCUGAGAAGAAAGAGAUAGAGCAGAGUAGCGACAUUGUUUUCUUUUUGUGCUUCCGGGAUGAGGACGGACCCUGUGGACUUCUUCUGAAGCCAGUCGGUCGAGAAGAGAACACAUAUGAGCGUAUUGCUUUGUUUAGUUUGUGGGGAUCUAUAGAGGAGAGUUCUUUGGAUAGGAAAAGGAUUACGUUGGCAUAA